CGGAGGGUGACUCACUCUUUCACCAGCGAAGACGACAGGCAAGGCGUCUGAUUCUUUCACCCCGACUGUCUGCGGUGAGAUCUUCCUCCAUGUGUGCAGCGUGUGAACCUGCAUGAAGCGACUCUCACACAGGAUCUAACCAACCCAGAAUAAAUGUUUUAUUAUUAUCCCAUGUGUCGGAUAUGGCCUCUGCUUCUCCUGGGAGGACUCCUGGUGCCAGGGAUGCAACAUGUCAGUGGGAUAGAAAUUUACACUCCAAGCGACUUGGAGGCAGCCAACGGGACAGAUGUGAAACUGAAGUGCACCUUCACCUCCACUCACCCGGUGUCAUCCCAGUCGGUCAUAGUGUCGUGGAUCUUCAGGCCCAUAGACUCAGGAAAAGAUGAGUCGGUGUUUUACUACCAGGAAGUACCGUACCCCCCAAAUAAUGGCCGUUUUAAAGGCCAUGCAGUGUGGUCGGGGGAUAUAACGAGACGGGACGCCUCCAUCACCCUGCAAGAGGUGCCUCCGACCUUUAACGGUACCUUCAUCUGCCAGGUGCGCAACCGUCCAGAUGUGCACGGCAAAAACGGAGAGAUCAGUUUCAGAGUCGUCAACAAAGUUUCACUCUCUGACAUCAGCAUCCUGGCGAUCAUCAUCGGAUGCGCCUGUGGCGCAAUCCUUAUCUUCCUCACUAUCUUUGUGGUGGUGAGGUUCCACAGGAGACGAGGCAUGGAAAACGACAUCGAGCUGCGUCCACGGGAUCAAGAGUGGAAGGACCCGACCGUGUGUACACUGGAAGAGGCAGUUCAUCUGAAAGUUGUGAAGAAGAAAGAAGCUGAAAGUUCAGAUGAUGAAGAGUCUGAGCCCAGCAGUGGCGAUGACGAUGAGGAAGAGGAUGGCCUUGAAGAAGAUGAUGACGACGACGACGAUGAUGAUGAUGACGAUGACGACGACGGCGGUGAAGCUGAUGAUGGAAGCGGUGGUGAUGAUUAAAUUGCGAUUGAUGAUUCAUUAACAUGUAAAUGUUCACAUGUAAUUUAUUAUAUGUCAAAAAGAGUAUUUGCCGUUGUACUCUAACACUGACAGGCAGUUUUAAAAGACGGAACAAAUUCUGCUAUUUCUAUUUCCUUAUCAAAACCUACAUUACCCAUGAUGCAAUUAGAAGACUGACAGUUUGGUUUGUAGAGGUUAUUUUCAUGUCGCUAAGCUCAACAUUUGGGUACUUUAAUUUUGCUUUUCAUACCCUUCAGACCCAACCAACACUGACGUGACAUCACAUUAGAACAUUUUUUGAAUUUCACCCAUCUCUCACAGCAACAUGGGGCUUUAUAUAACUUUUAAGAUAUAUAGUAUUACUCUUAAAAUCUGUAACGUUAACAUAAAUCACUGGAGCUCCCUCUUUUCUUUGCUUGUUGUAUGGAUGUGGAUUGAUGGAUGAUUCUUUUCUACAUGCACUGUAACUUUGCUUGUUCGUGCUAAUUUGACUGUGUUUCCACAGAGCUGCUGCUGGAAAAAAAUGUAUUGUCUCAGAUCAGUGAAAAAACUUUAACAGAAUAUAGAUUCAGCCGAUUUAAUUUAGUUCAUUGUUAAUACAGAAACACACACAUUGAGUGUUUAUCUGCUCCACUGCCACAUCAGGCCUUUCUGCUGCUCACUUCCUGAAAGCACCAGCUGAGACUAGACACAGUGAAAGUUUUUUAACGAUAUAUCUUUGAACUGUGUUUUGUGUCUUUACAGAUCAUUUUUUAAUUUUUUUGGACAUGAAAUGAGAGAGUGGGUGUUUUAGCUUCCAGAGACAUAUGAGUGAUGAGUUGUUUACUGCCUUGGCAAAUGCUGAUUUUGUAUUUCAAUCCUGUACAUAUUGUAAAAUAAGCAGAACUUUACACUUUUUAAAAUUACAUCCUGAAAUGUUUGUCACCAAAUGUAUCUCUGUUUAAACACUGUAUAAUAAAAUGACUACU